AUGGACUUCAAGGUAUGGCCCACAUUCAUCGAGGUCAUCACCCGAUUUUGGGACGAUGAUAAAAUGGUCUUUCGAUUUGGAGAUGUCGAAAUAGCGCCCACACUAAAAGAGAUCAAAGAUUGCCUUGACUCGAUUGGGACGUGUGGCAAAAGGAAAAAGCGUCCCGAUCAUCACAUUCUCUUACCAGAUAGGCCAACCAAGAACGAAUUGAGGGAUAUGCUAUUCCUAGUGAAUGCAGAUUGGUUAGAGACCAACAACAUUCCGCUGAUGAGGUUUUUCGAGAGGUGGGGGCACGACAAUUAUUUUAGAUUGUUCCCGGACGAAUUUCAUGAUCACAGUACUUGGAGGCAAACCCAAGCUAUCGCUUUCUCCGCAUGCCUCUUGGGAACUAUGGUGUUCCCUAAAGACGAAGGUAAAGAGAUCGACACCCGGGUAAUAAUGGUAGUGAAUGCCAUGUUCAGAGGAGUCGGUAGAAAAUCUGAAGAAAAGAAAUAUUGCUGUUUGGCCCCAGUCAUCCUGUCCGACAUUUACCGAUCUUUGAGCCUGUGCAAGAAUGGUUUUCCGUUUUUCCAAGGUUGCAACAUCUUACUUCAAUGGUGGUUGACGGAGCAUCUAUGCAAAAGAGACAACCCCCAGCUACAUGGUUUGGCCGAACCAAGUCAAACAAGUCCUCUCAAUAAUUACGAGUUCUACUUGAGUAUCCGUAAAUUUCCAAUUCACACCACCAGGGAUGCGUGGGCAAAGGUGUUUUACAAUUUGAAAGAAGGAGACAUACAAUGGGUAUUACCGAGCUUCAGGUCUCAGAUGAUAGCAGCCCAAGGGGCCAAAUUGCCAUUUUUAGUCCUUCCCGGCAUCAGAGGAUUGCGUCCUUACAACCCGACACGAGUAAUGCGGCAAUUUGGGAAAGUCCAAAUCAUACCCGCCCAAGGAGAUGCCAGCUCUUUCAUUGUUGAUUACAACGGGAAGGACAAAAUACCUUUCGCUAAAAUUAUCCUCCAGGAAUGGGCCGGACGUGUCAACAUGAAGUGGGAGGUCACCGAAGAUAGGUAUGGAGCUGGGUAUGUCGACGAAUAUAAGACAUGGUUGCAUAAUAAUUUGCAUGGUGUAGUGGAUCCGACACCACGCACGAGUCGGAAAAUCGAAGACGUGGAGACAAGGCUUCAGAUUCACGCGUACCAUUUUCAGCAAGAGUGGGACCGGAGGGAGCAGGAAUUCUAUAAGAAAGAACAGGAAUUUCAACAAAGGGAGCAAGCGUACCAACUCCGGGAAUUAGAAAAUCAGAGAGUUUUAGCCGUAAUGUCACAAGAAUUAGCUGACACAAGGACUUGCCUAAUGCGUUUGGACACUAUUUUGGACGAGCAGAUGAACACCUUACAAGCCGUACCAACAUCUUCCAAAGCUGCGUUCGCUGAGCCAUACGUGUUCACCAGCAAAUGCAUUAUCCGAGAAGAAGUGGAGAAGAAGGUUAAGGAGGAAGGACUCAAAGUAGACGUGACCACGACAAUCUACAAGGCUGCGGUCACAACCUUGGAUGAAGAUCUGGCGUCACAGAUAAAGAGAAAGAAGGAGGUUGAGAGGGAAACCGAAAGCCUAAGGAAAAGGUUGAACUUGCUUCGUUUGGAGAUACACGAAGGAAAGGCAAGAGAGGCGAAGAUAGAUAUCGAGACUGCUGUGUUAUUGGACAGAAGCGCGGCGAUCGACGAGGAAUUGGCAACCCAUAGCGACCCAAAGGGCGGAAAAUACCUCGCCCGUGAUCAGGGAACAGGCAACAGUGGCCCCGACCAUGAAGUGAUUGAGGAGGAUGAUGAAGAAGAAAUCGUCUACAAGCCUCCAUUUUCGACUCUGGCAGAUAAUCCUUACUUCACCAGGUCAAAAGGUCCUACAGAUUCCUUCCCUCGAUCAAAUUCAGACAAAGGAAAAACAGUUAUGGGAGACAACAAUGACGAAGGGCGUCUUACUGACGUUGUGGUGGCUCAGCCCACUGUAGUGGAACAGAACGAAUUGAUCAUGCAGCUGAUGCAACAAAUUGCUGAAAUGAAAGUUGAAAUGCAACGGAGACAGGAUGCGCCUCCACCUGGAUUUGGUACUAAUACUGCUGAUGCAAGACCUCCGGUCUACUUCCCUUCAUCAAACAUAGAUCCAACUCAGAACCAGCCUUCUACACCUGUGCAUAAUCCGUCUGUGAUUGACCUCACAACCCAAAACCCUCAAUACGCUUCUGCAUCUUACCAAACUCCUUCACCUCUUCCAAAUAACCACCCUCAAAUACCACCCCAUCCUCAGAAUACUCAAACUGCCCCACCGCCACAAAAUCAAAACCAAACUCAAACUGCCUUCAAUACCCAAGCAUUUCAUCCGCAUUUGAGCCAGAACACCAAUCCUCAGGUCUACCCACAAAACUACCAGACCGCCCAAAACGUUCCAAGUCCCUCUAUAGCUCCACCCCUACCAAAAAGAGCCACCUUCCAAGUUCCCGCUCCUGCCGAGCACGAGGUGCACGGUUCUGAGUUGGAUCACUAUGAAGAACAGGAAAGAGAAUGGAAGGCGAAAGAAGAAGUGAAGAUCGAUAUAAAGGAAGAAAUCAAAAGGGCUAUGAAAGAGCUGCAGUGCAUCCCAGACGCCGUCGGACUUAGCUACGCAGAAUUGUGCAUCCAUCCAGAUUUGAACCUUCCCGAAGGUUUUAAAAUUCCGAAGUUUGACACCUUCGGAGGAGUGGGCAAUCCUAUGGCGCAUUUGAGAGCGUAUUGUGACCAGCUCGUGGGAGUUGGCAGGGAUGAGGCCUUGUUGAUGCGGCUUUUCAGCCGAAGUCUGUGUGGAGAGGCCCUCGAGUGGUUUACUUCACAUGAAACCAGGCAGUGGCCCAGUUGGAAUGCAUUGGCUAAGGACUUCAUUGACCGAUUCGCCUACAAUGUUGAAAUAGUGCCCGAUCGGUAUUCUUUAGAGAAGAUGAAGCAGAAACCAACUGAAAGCUAUAGGGAAUUUGCCUAUAGGUGGAGGAAAGAAGCGGCGAGGGUAAGACCACCCAUGACCGAGAAAGAGAUUGUGGAAGUAUUCGUGCGGGUACAGGAGCCUGAGUACUAUGAUCGGAUCAUAUUGCUAGUCGGAGCUAAAUUCGCUGAGAUAGUCAAAGUUGGUGAGACUAUCGAAGAUGGUCUAAAAUCGGGGAAGAUAGCCCGUGUAUCUGCGUCGCCUGGAUCUUCAGGAUUGAUAAGAAAGAGAAGAGAGGAAGUUGCCGCUGUCUCGUAUGGGGGAAGAAAAACCCCUAGAAACCCGUCACAUUCCCAAGAUCGUUUCAGGCCUUCCCCAAAGUCCCACCGAUCCAACUACCCACAAUCCAAUCAUCCUAAUAACCACAAUACUGUCCCCACCUAUCAGAGUGCUCAAAUUUCGUCGUACCAAAGUCCACCCUCUAAUCUCCAAAAUUUUUCUCCCAUAUACCCAAAUUACCCUCAACCAUACCAGAUCCCAUCCCCUUAUCAGAAUAUUGCUCCCAACUGUGCCAACGUACAGUCGAGCUACCGACCACCUCCGUCCACUUAUCAAGUCCAAGCUCCAUUAUACCAGGACCCCCUCCCGAAUUACCAAGCUACAAUGCCAAAUUUCCAGGCAAGCCCUUAUCCCCGGGGCCAAGCUCCUCGUACAAAUACCCAAAAUUAUCAGCGGGUGCCUCCCCCUCGGCAAAGCAAUUAUGAUACUUCCCGUCCGAGACCUGAAAAAAGGCCUUCAAGGAACUUUACCACACUUGCUGAAAGCCGGACCAAACUAUUUGAGAGGCUAGCCGCAGAUGGAUACAUCCACCCUGUGGGGCCCAAACCCGGGGAUGUCAACUCAAAGUUCUACAGGCCAGAUCAAAGGUGUGCUUAUCAUUCCAACAGUGUUGGACAUGACACGGAAGAUUGCAUCAACCUCAAGCACAAAAUCCAAGACCUGAUCGAUCAAGAGGUAGUUUCUCUUCAAUUGGCGGUGCCAAACGUCAACACAAAUCCGUUGCCGAAUCAUAGAGGUGACAACCUUAAUAUGAUUGAAACGGAUGAAGACGGGUGUGGAACAAAGAUGAUUACCCCUAUUAUGCAUGAGGACUUGGAAAGGGCUGUCGCUUCUUUAAGCGUCAAAGAAAGGAGGAAGUUUGUUAUUCUGACACCUGCAAAGGCUGUUGCCUUGGUGCCUUCGAAAACCCUCGUUAAGCCCAAAUUUGUCAUUGAAACUGCCGUGGCCCAAGGCAUGACCAGGUCCGGAAGGUGCUACACUCCUGAUGAGCUUGCUCUCGGAGGACAGAAGAAGGACCAUGCUAAGAGGCCGAUAAGCGAGGGGGAAGCAGAAGAAUUCUGGAGAAGGAUGCAACCGAAGGACUAUUCCAUCGUCAAACAUUUAGAGAAGACUCCGGCUCAGAUCUCCGUGUGGGCCCUGCUGAUGAGCUCUCAGUCCCACAGGCAGGCCUUAAUGAAAGCUCUUGAUGAUACAUACGUACCCUCAGGUACAAGUAGUGAUAACGUGGCUGCUAUGAUUCAUCAAGUCAUUCGGGGGCACCGGAUCAGCUUUUGUGACGAUGAUUUGCCAGUCGAAGGAAGAUCCCACAACAAAGCUCUACACAUUACCGUGAUAUGUCGUGGAAAGGUUGUCAACUGUGUUUUGGUAGAUGAUGGGUCCGGUUUGAAUAUUUGCCCAUUGACGACGUUGAGGCAACUAAAUUUUGACCUUGGGAAACUGGAGCAGAAUCAGGUCAAUGUAAGGGCAUUUGAUGGUGUGCAAAGAGACACCUUAGGGGCUGUGACUUUGACCCUUCAAAUGGGCCCCGCAGAGUUCAGUGCGCAAUUCCAAGUAUUGGACAUAGACACUAGCUACAACCUUCUUUUGGGAAGGCCGUUUAUCCACGUGGCUGGAGCCGUCCCCUCUACUCUCCAUCAGAUGAUGAAACUUGUGUGGAAAAAUGAAGAGUUAGUGAUUCACGGCGAGGGAAGUCGCUCGGGCAAGCAGGUGUCGGUCAUUGAUGAAAUGCCACAAGGCGCAGACUUUUACACGGUGGAGCUGGUGAAUGCCGCCAACGAAGAUUUGGCCCUCAACUCCAUUCCAACCGUGUACAAAAUGAUAGCCACGGUGAUGCUGCAAAAUGGGUUCGAGCCAGGUUUCGGAUUGGGAAGAGAUUCCCAAGGAAUUAUUGAGCCUGUUCCGGUCCUUGCUCAGGGAUCAAAGUAUGGUUUGGGGUACAUCCCCACAGAUGAUGAUAUGAAGAUGAAGAGGAGAAGGGAUCAAGAGUUGACUAAGCCGAUCCCGCAUCUCUAUCACUCCUUUCCAAUUCGGGAGCAUGCCGAGCCUGAAGACGACGGGGAAGGAAUCUGUGACCUGUUCAAGGAGAUCAAUGCCGUCAUAGAGGAAGAGGCCGAGCCAGCUGGCUUUCGCGAUGCUGAACCGGGGGAGAUGCUGAAGAAUUGGACGUCCACACCAAUCCUGAUGUCCCGGACUUUUGGUAACGUAAGUUACAAACCUGCCAACGUCAUGUCAUGUCAUGAGCUAAACGAACAAAAUGAGGUAAAUGACGAUGUGGCUGACGACUACGACGAAGAAAGUGGGGAACCAGACUAUGUAGUAGAAGAGUUUCGACAGUUCGAGAAUCAACAUAAACCGAAUCUGGAGGAAACAGAGACGGUAAAUUUGGGAGAUUCAGAAUGUGUCAAAGAGGUUAAGAUCAGCACUCACCUGAAUGAAACUCAGAAGGAGAGCCUGAUUCAUUUGCUUGCCGAAUACAGCGAUGUGUUUGUUUGGAAGGUCAGUGACAUGCAGGGGCUGAGUACCGAUGUCGUAUCUCAUAAGCUGCCUAUCAACCCAGGGUUCGAGCCAAAGAAGCAAAAGACUCGGAAAUUCAAGCCUGAGUUGAGUUUGAAGAUUAAGGAGGAAAUCACCAAGCAGAUAGAGUCCCGGUUGGUAGAAGUAACGCAAUAUCCCACCUGGUUGGCGAAUGUCGUUCCGGUCGCCAAGAAAGAUGGAAAAAUCAGGAUUUGCGUUGAUUACAGAGAUCUCAACAAGGCUAGUCCAAAGGAUAAUUUCCCGUUGCCAAAUAUCCAUAUUCUGAUUGAUAACUGUGCCAAACAUGAAAUGCAGUCAUUUGUGGAUUGUUACGCGGGUUAUCACCAGAUUCUGAUGGAUGGAGAAGACGCGGAGAAAACGGCCUUCAUCACACCUUGGGGGGUAUAUCACUACAGGGUGAUGCCGUUUGGGCUCAAAAACGCCGGUGCCACUUACAUGAGAGCCAUGACGACUAUCUUCCACGACAUGAUUCACAAGGAAAUUGAAGUGUACGUGGACGACGUCAUAAUUAAAUCCCGCGAGAGUUCGGAUCAUUUGACACACCUGCGAAAAUUGUUUGAACGUUUGCGUAGGUACAACUUGAAGCUAAAUCCCGCCAAGUGUGCUUUUGGAGUCCCAGCUGGGAAAUUGUUAGGGUUUAUAGUCAGCAGAAGAGGUAUUGAGCUCGACCCUUCCAAGAUCAAAGCAAUUCAGGAGUUACCUCCGCCGAAGACGAGAAAAGAGGUGAUGAGUUUCUUAGGGAGGUUAAACUAUAUCAGCCGGUUUAUAGCACAAUCGACGGUGGUAUGUGAGCCCAUCUUCAAGUUGCUGAAGAAAGAUGCCCCAACUAAGUGGACUGAGGAGUGCCAGACCGCUUUCGACGCUAUCAAGAGCUACUUGUCUAACCCACCAGUAUUGGUUCCCCCGCGAGAAAGGAGUCCUUUAUUGCUGUAUUUAUCUGUCUCAGAUAACGCCUUUGGAUGCGUACUUGGUCAACACGACGAGACAGGGAAGAAGGAAAAGGCUAUCUACUACAUCAGCAAGAAAUUUACUCCGUACGAGUCUCGUUACACUUUGCUGGAAAGAACAUGCUGUGCUCUGACGUGGCUUGCCCAGAAGCUGAGGCACUAUUUGUCGUCGUAUACUACAUAUCUUAUCUCCAGAAUGGAUCCAUUGAAGUAUAUUUUCCAGAAAGCGAUGCCGACCGGGAAGCUGGCUAAAUGGCAAAUGUUGUUGAGCGAGUUUGACAUCGUGUACGUGACUCAGAAGGCAAUAAAAGCACAAGCUUUGGCUGAUCAUCUUGCGGAAAAUCCCGUUGAUGAAGAGUAUGAACCUCUCAAGACAUAUUGUCACGAUGAAGAAGUGUCAUUUGUGGGUGAAGAUAUCUCUGAAGUUUAUCCAGGUUGGAGAUUAUUCUUUGAUGGAGCGGUGAAUCACCAGGGUAAAGGUGUUGGAGCAGUCUUGGUAUCAGAAUCUGGUCAGCACUAUCCUAUGGCGGCUAAGCUACGGUUCAACUGCACAAACAACAUGGCUGAGUAUGAAGCGUGCAUUCUCGGUUUGAAAAUGGCCGUUGACAUGAAUGUUUACGAGUUACUGGUUAUUGGAGAUUCAGACCUCUUGAUCCAUCAAGUUCAAGGAGAAUGGGCUGUGAAGAACCCAAAGAUUGUACCUUAUGUACAAUAUGUGCAAAACCUGUGUAAAAGGUUUCGCAAGAUCGAGUUCAGACAUACUCCCCGAAUACAGAAUGAAUUAGCUGAUGCUCUUGCCACCAUCGCUUCAAUGAUCAAACAUCCGGAUAUUGAUUACAUCGACCCGCUGGAUAUAGAUUUGAAGGAGUAUCCAGUCCAUUGUUCACACGUGGAAUCAGAACCAGAUGGUUUGCCUUGGUAUUUCGACAUAAAGAGGUACUUGGAGUCUGGGACAUAUCCAGAAGACGCCACAUCUAAUCCAAAGAAGUCGAUACGUCGUAUGGCUCUCAAUUUCUUUUUGAAUGGAGAAGUCCUUUACAGGAGGACUCCAGAUUUGGGUCUUUUGAGAUGCGUGGAUGCUGCUGAAGCCGUGAGGCUUAUUGAACAGAUACAUGCUGGAGUCUGUGGCACACAUAUGAACGGGCUUACCUUGGCAAGAAAAGUCCUUCGAGCCGGUUACUUCUGGAUGACUAUGGAGAACGACUGUUGCAAAUUCGUGCAAAAAUGCCAUAAAUGUCAAGUGCACGGUGAUCUGAUAAGGGUGCCACCUCACGAACUCAAUGCUAUGAGCUCACCUUGGCCAUUUGUAGCUUGGGGAAUGGAUGUCAUCGGCCCUAUAGAACCGGCCGCUUCCAAUGGACACAGAUUUAUUUUGGUUGCCAUCGAUUAUUUCACCAAAUGGGUGGAAGCAGCCUCUUACAAAUCAAUAACCAAGAAAGUGGUGGCCGACUUUGUCCGCAACAAUCUGAUCUGCCGAUUUGGAGUUCCAGAAUCCAUCAUCACUGAUAACGGUGCAAAUCUCAACAGUCAUCUGAUGAAAGAGAUAUGUGAACAAUUUAAGAUUAUUCACCGAAGGUCAACUGCUUAUCGCCCUCAAAUGAACGGAGCUGUAGAGGCCGCCAACAAGAACAUCAAGAAGAUUCUGAGGAAAAUGAUUGACAAGCAGCGGGGUUGGCAUGAAAUGUUGCCAUAUGCUCUACUGGGUUAUCGAACGACGGUCAGAACAUCAACUGGGGCUACUCCAUACUUGCUAGUAUACGGAACAGAAGCAGUCGUACCUGUUGAAGUCGAGAUACCGUCACUGAGGAUCAUCCAAGAAGCUGAGCUAAGUAACGCUGAGUGGGUUAGCAAACGGAUUGAUCAACUAGCCUUGAUUGAUGAAAAGAGGAUGGUUGCUGUUUGUCAUGGCCAGUUGUAUAGACAAAGAAUGACUCGUGCUUUUCACAAAAGAGUAAGAACCAGAAAUUUUGAAGUUGGUCAGUUGGUUCUUAAGCGUAUUUUUCCUCAUCAAGACGAGUACAAAGGAAAGUUCGCACCAAACUGGAAAGGUCCUUACAUGGUCCGCAAAGUACUAUCUGGAGGUGCUUUAGUCUUGUCAGAGAUGGAUGGCGCUGUGUGGACCAAACCUAUCAACUCAGAUGCUGUCAAGAGAUAUUACGCGUGAAGUUCGUUUUGCAUUUCCCAUCAUUUAUUUGUAAUCUUCUGUUUGCUUGUAUUUGUUCGAAUUUGAAUUCUUAUCCCUCUUGUAAUGAACUACGUCUGACCUGAAUUCUCGAGAACGAGAUACGUAGGCGGCCUAUGUCGGCUUCGGUCACCCCAUUUAUUCCCCUUGAUUAUUCCUUGUGUUGGAACUACGUUUGACCUGAUUCCUGCCUCAACGGGAUAUGUAGGCGCCACAACGGCUCGGUCAUAUACUCAAAAGAUUUCCAUUUCUCUCCAUAAUGGAAACUGGGACAGAAUUUUUGAGAGGAUCUCAAAAAUUCAUUUGAAGUUGGACUUCUUUAACAAGUCAAAACAGAAGACCAAAUUCUACGACCUGAACUACGUUCGACCUGAAUUCUCAAGAAUGAGAUACGUAGGCGGCCUUUGUCGGCUUCGGUCGGUUUCUUUGUAAAUUUUAUUCUUGUUAACCUUUAAGGGGAACUACGUUUGACCUGAUUCCUGCCUCAACGGGAUACAUAGGCGCCACAAGGGCUCGGUCAUAUCUCUCGUAAGAUUUCUAUUUCCCCCUUCUACAAUAGAAACUGGGACAGAAUUUUUGAGAGGGACUCAAAAAUUCUCCAAAAGGAACCUUCUCCUCAGCGGAUCAAACUAAAGACAUUUCGAGUUUGCG